AUGAAAAAGAAACAUAAACAUAACUCUAAAGACACUGAAAAUAAUGAAAAUGGAGUAUUUUUUUCGGAUACAUUUAUCAAAGAUGAUUUAUUAGAUGUUAAUGUAGAAAUGAUCUUACCAGAUGAACAAAAGCGCAGAAAAGAGCUGAAAGAACGGUUAAAACAUUCUCUUCCAGAAAAAAAGAUGUCAAGCAGGAAAAAAAAACGUCUUGAAAAGUAUAUUGAGAAUAAAUUCAAAAAAGAAGAAAAAGCAAAACUUAUACAAAAGCUCAGUCAAUAUAAUAAAGCUUCAUGUGCAUUUUACAGUUCAAGAAACAUAAAGAGAGAAAAAAAACAAGAAAAACGUAAAAAUCAUUUAGAAGAGGAUCUACUCCAGGUUCCAAAAAAAAGGAAACUUUCUUCCUUACAACAUAAUUCAAAAGUUUUAAAAAAAAAACAAGAUAUUCAAUUUUUACCAAGCACCUUAGAACAAGAAGCAUCAAAAAAUGUACAUCAGUCUAUUUUGGAUACAAAAAAUGGAACUAAAGGUGCCUGUAUUUCUCUUUCAGUUAUAAAGAAAAAAAAACAGAAAAAACAACAUAAUUGGAGAGAAUUUUUAGAGCUUCAGAAACAAAAAAAGUUUUUGAAGUCAAAAAAUCCAACAAAAGAUGAGAAUAAUGGAUUUAGUUAUGAUGACGAAGAAGAAUCUAUACUAGAUGAUAGUUUACUAGUGUCGGAUGAUCAUCAAUCAACAUUUUCGUCAAGUGAAGAAAGCAAUGCAAGUAAUAACUCUCAAACGAGUGAAGAUGAAUCUACAGAGAAUUCGUCGUUAAGCAAUGCUACAUCUUGUUCUAAAAGGGCAAGUAGAUUUAAUGAAUGGGCAAAAAAGCAAAUGGGAGUGUUUGAAAAAACAGAGCAAAAUUCAACAAAUAUUGACGAUUUAAAACAAAAUGAGGAGAUUCGUAAAGCAUUUAAGCCAAGGGGCCCUGAUAGAGAUUUGUCACCACCUGAAAAUAUAUCUUCAAAUCCAAAUCUGAAAAGAAAAACUUUCUACGUUAACUUGAACCGUUCUAAAGAAGUGAUAGAAUCCCGUUCAAACUUACCAAUUAUUGCAGAAGAGCAACAGAUUAUGGAAACAAUAUUUAAUAAUCUUUGUACUGUGGUAUGUGGAGAAACAGGUUCAGGAAAAACUACACAAAUUCCACAGUUUCUUUUUGAAGCUGGUUUUGGAAAUGAUAAAAGCGAUACACCCGGAAUGAUUGGAAUUACGCAACCAAGACGUGUAGCAGCAAUAAGCAUGGCUAAUAGAGUUGCGUAUGAACUAGGAGAAGAAGUUGGGAAGAAAGUGGCAUAUCAGGUUAGAUUUGAUACAACUGUAAAUCAAUCCACCGCUAUAAAAUUUAUGACUGAUGGUAUACUUCUUCAUGAACUUGCUUCUGAUUUUCUUCUCAACAAAUAUUCUGUUAUUAUUAUUGAUGAAGCACACGAAAGGACAAUUAAUACGGAUAUCCUUAUUGGAAUGUUAAGUAGAAUAUUAAAUUUGAGGCAAACAAUGAGUAUGGAAAAAGAUUCUAAUGUUAAGCCUUUAAGAUUAAUUAUUAUGUCUGCUACUCUUAGAGUAACUGAUUUUACAGAUAAUAAAAAGCUUUUUAAUCCUUCACCUGUUUUAAUAAAAAUUAAUGCUAGACAAUAUCCAGUAUCAAUACACUUCAGUAGAAAGACUGCACAUACAAAUUAUGUAGAGAAGUCGUUUGAAAUUGUUUCUAAAAUUCAUAAAAGACUUCCUCCUGGAGCUAUUCUUGUUUUCCUAACUGGUCAGGAUGAAAUAAAAUAUUUGUGUAAGCAAUUAUCUCAAGCAUUUCCGACUGUCGAAAAACCUUUUCAAUCAACAAGUCAGUUGUCUGUUAAGUUUCCUGCAAAAAAAGGUUCUUUAGAAGCAGAAGAUGUAGAAUUAAAUGCUUUUACUAAUAAUAAUACUUUUUUAUCUGAUCAGGAAGAAGACUGCUUUAUAAAUAAUACAGAUGAAUAUAAUUUCAAUGAAUCAACUGAAAUUUCGAAAGAUCAACCUGGUAUUUUAAAAGUCGUUCCGUUAUACUCUUUGCUUUCAACAGAAGAACAGCUCAAAGUUUUUGAACCAGUCUCUAAAGGAGUUAGAUUGUGUGUUGUUGCAACUAAUGUAGCAGAAACUAGCUUAACUAUUCCGAAUGUUAGAUAUGUUGUUGAUUGUGGAAAAGCAAAAGAACGUAUCUAUGAUAAAAUAUCAGGGGUGCAAAGUUUUGAUAUUCAGUGGAUAAGUAAAGCGAGUGCAGAUCAACGUUCUGGGAGAGCAGGAAGAAUAGGUCCAGGACAUUGUUAUCGACUUUACUCUUCUGCAUUUUUUGAUAGAAAAUUUCCUAUGUACUUAGAACCUGAAAUUUUGCGCAUGCCUAUUGAAGGUGUUGUUUUGAAAAUGAAAAGUAUGAAUAUUGAUAAUAUAUUAAAUUUCCCUUUUCCUACACCACCUGAUGAAGAAAGUUUAAAAAAAGCUGAGAAUUUAUUAAUAUGUUUAAAUGCUCUUGAUAAACAAAAGAGAAUAACUAGUCUUGGAAAAGUAAUGUCACUUUUUCCAUUAGCACCAAGAUAUUCUAAAAUGCUUAUAAUUGGGCAACAACAUGAUUGUCUUCCAUAUAUUAUUGCUAUUGUUUCUGCUCUUUCUGUUGAUGAUCUUUUUAUAAGGAAAAAUGAAUUAAAAGAUUAUAAAAUAAAUGAGGAAAAAAACGGCCAUAAAAAAGAAGAAUAUGCUUCUGUUUUAUCAGAAAAUGAUUCUCAGUUGGAAAAAAAUAAUAGUUAUAGAAAAUUGCUUGAUGCACAUAAACAAUUUUGUGGUUUAGAUGAUACAAGUGACGUAUUAAAACUUCUCUGUGCAGUAUGUGCAUAUGCAUAUGAUGGAGAGAGAGAUUCUUUUUGCACCGAGAAUUUUUUAAGAGCUAAAAGUAUGAAAGAAGUUCAAAAAUUACGGCAUCAAAUUACCGAUAUAGUGAAAUUAAACUUUCCUAAUUCUAUUUCAAAAUAUAAUUCAAAAUUAGAGCCACCAUCUAGGUUACAGGUCAAUGCAAUUAAACAGAUUGUUGCAGCUGGUUUUAUUGAUCAAAUUGCUAUUAGAGCAGAUUUAUUGCCAAUUCAUUCGGAAACUAAAUCUAACUCUAAAACUGUAUAUACACCUUAUUUUACAUUAUUUCCUACAUUGCAAAAAUAUCACGAUUCUACUGAAACCAAUGACGAUCCAGCAGUUUACAUACAUUCGUCUUCAGUUAUAGCAAAUAAUAUAACUGAGUCUCAUCUUCUUCCUAAAUAUAUUAUUUAUCAUAGUCUUUAUCGUUCAUCAAACCUUUCUAAAAUAAAAAUGAAAACUCUUACGACUAUAGAAGCUAAUGAAGUUUUUGGAUUAGCGAAAUCAACACCUUUGUUAACAUAUUCAAAACCUUUAGAAUAUCCAUGUCCACAGUUUAUUCCUGAAUCUCAAGGAUUGAAAAGAAAAUGUUGGGUUAUUCCAAGAUUAUCUGCUAACAAUGGACAAGGAAAUAAAAGUUGGGAUUUACCUCCUAAACAAAUAACACAAAAAAGAACUCUAGGAUCACAUUGGGAAACUAUAGAUGAUUAA